CGUCAGUGGGCAGCGGAGACGCGGCAUGCCCCUGGCAGGGGAGAGCGGGCUGUCCUCAGCAGAGCCAUGGGGACCCGCGCUCUGACUAUGCCGGGGUGACAGGAGCAGCGCCAGCCACCCUGCCACUCCAACCAUCACCUCCUGCACUCAGCCUCACCACCGGCCAGCACCAGCUCAGCCUCCUCCGCCUCUCUCUCUCUCUCUCUCUCUCUCUCUCUCUCUGCCCCACCCCCAUUAUUGUUUCCCACUCUACAGAGGAUGGGGUCGGCUGAUGAUUAGGUCGGAAGCAAGUCAGAUCUUCUUCCAAAGCCUGGUAAUAUUUAUGUAGGCAAAAAGAGAGAGAGAGAAAAAAAAGGAGAGAGGAAUAGAGGGGAGAGAGAGAGAGAGAGAGAGAGAGAGAGAGAGAGAGAGAGAGAGAAGAAACGGGAGGAGGGGAUAAGGAAAUUAAACCCUUUAAGUCAAUGCAUAUCGUGGUGACAACGGCACAGGAGCCCUCACGGUGGAGUCGGCCAGGGCUGUGCGUUCCCAAAAUAUGACCAGGGGUGCCUGGAUGUGUCGGCAGUAUGACGACGGCUUAAAAAUCUGGUUGGCAGCACCCCGGGAGAACGAGAAACCGUUCAUCGAUUCAGAGAGGGCUCAGAAAUGGCGACUCUCUCUGGCAUCUCUCUUGUUUUUCACAGUCCUGCUCUCUGAUCACUUGUGGUUCUGCGCCGAGGCCAAACUGACCAGGACCCGGGACAAGGAGCAUCACCAGCAGCAGCAGCAACAGCAGCAGCAGCAGCAGCGACAGCAGCAGCAGCAGCAGCAGCGACAGCAGCAGCAGCGACAGCAGCAGAGGCACCGGCAGCAGGAGCCCUCCUGGCCCGCGCUCCUGGCCAGCAUGGGGGAGUCCUCGCCCGCCGCCCAGGCACACAGACUCCUCUCCGCCUCCUCGUCCCCCACCCUGCCCCCCUCCCCGGGAGGCGGCGGCGGCGGCGGCAAGGGCAACCCAGGCAAAAACAACCGGAGCAAGGCUCUUUUUCUAGGAAACUCUGCCAAACCCGUGUGGCGCCUGGAGACUUGUUACCCCCAGGGCGCAUCUUCGGGCCAGUGCUUCACCGUGGAGAGCGCGGACGCCGUGUGCGCCAGGAACUGGAGUCGGGGGGCGGCGGCCGGGGGGGAGGAGCAGCAGGCGAGGGGCAAGCCUCCAACUCCUCUCUGGAACUUGUCGGAUUUUUACCUUUCGUUUUGUAAUUCCUACACACUUUGGGAGUUGUUCUCGGGGCUGUCCAGUCCCAACACUUUGAACUGCAGCCUGGAUGUGGUGCUCACGGAGGGCGGUGAGAUGACCACUUGCAGGCAGUGCGUGGAGGCUUACCAAGACUAUGACCACCACGCUCAGGAGAAGUACGAAGAGUUUGAAAGUGUGCUCCACAAGUAUUUACAAUCGGAGGAGUACUCGGUGAAGUCCUGUCCUGAGGACUGUAAGGUAGGAACCCUGGAUUCCCCCCUUUCCUGCGCUUUUUUUUUUUUUAAUCUCUGCUGGAUCUAG